ACUCAACUAAUAGUGGAAAACUAAACAAGGCGUGCGUGUUUAUGUUGGGUAUUGUGACUGUUGAGCUUUAGGAUUUUAGAUCGAAUUUAACUUAAUUUUGAGAUCGAAAGUGCCACCAUUUGGCACGAGUGCUCUGUUAUAUCAAAGCUUGUAUCAAAAGUAUAGUAACACUGGCACGACCUGAUCCCAUCUGACACUGACUGCAAAAAACAAAAGAACUGUGUGAAUGGCUGAGGAGAGGACGAGAGAGCCAGCUGGUCUGGAUGGACUGCCACCAAUGUACAGCAUACUGAAAGGAGAGGUGGUCUCUGUGACGGCAUAUGGUGCUUUUGUCAAAAUUACGGGUUACAGGAAACAAGGUCUGGUUCACAAGAGUGAGAUGUCUGCUUGUCGGGUAGAAAACCCAGCUGAAAUUGUUGAUGUAGGCGAACGAGUUUGGAUAAAAGUAAUUGGCAGAGAGAUUAAUGGUGAUAAAGUCAAACUAUCCUUCUCUAUGAAAGCUGUCAAUCAAGGAACAGGGCGGGACCAAGACCCCAACAAUGUAAUGGCAGAGCAGGAUGAACGCAGACGAAGGCAGUUCAAAGAUCACACAGGGCAGAGGAUCACCUUGGAGGCUGUGCUCAACACCACAUGCACAAAGUGUGGAUGCAGAGGUCACUUUGCAAAGGACUGCUUCUCACAGCCUGGACUGCAGUACAGUUUAGUGCCAGAAGAGGAGGAGGAACCAGCUGUUCAGAGCACCCAGUCAGAGCCUCAGAAACGUAAAAAGGAAAAGAAGGCAAAGAAAGAAAAGAAGAAAAAGAAAGACAGGAAGAGACACAGCUCUUCAUCUGAUAGCAGCGAUGACAAUGCCAAGAGGCCACGACUUCCACAUUCUGAGAAAAAGAAAAAACACAAGAAGCACAAACGCAAAACAAAGUGAUUGCAAAUCAGGUUCUUACUCAGAAAUGUUGACUUGUUUUCCAGCACAAGUACUGUAUCUUAACAUUCUUAUAACAAGACACAUUUACUUGAGAAGCACAAUGACUUUAAGACAAUACGUUUUGUUUUCAGAGAAAUCUAAGAAAAUCUAGUAGGGUUUAUGAGGGUAAGUGCACCCAAAAGUGAAAAUUCUUUCAUCAUUUACUUAUCCUCACGUUGUUCCAAACCUAUAUGACUUUCUCUUCCUUAAACCACACACACGCAAACAAUAAUGUUAGGCAGUAUGUUAGUCUUGGUCACUAUUUACUUUCUUUGCAUAUUUUUUUUUUCUAUACAAUGAAAGUGAAUGGUAACUUCAUAUAUUUUGUCUUAGACAGAAGAAAGAAAGUCAUAUGGCUUUAGAACAACCUCAUGGUGAGUAAAUGACACAAUAUUAAUUUUGGUAAACUAUUUCUUUAAAUCAAGCAUAACUAUUUCCCAGUGGGGUGAGAAUUGAAUUUAUUGAAUAAGUUUAUUUCUCUUACCCCAGUGGCAUAUAUUUAAUUUCUUGUUUUAAGUGUAAAUGUAACAAAAUGUGGUUAAUUUCUUUAAAAAAAAUAUAUAUAUAUAAUGUCAUUUUGUUUAUCAAGCAAAUGUUUCUUAUUUUAAAGGAAUAUUCCGGAUUCAAUUCAAGUUAAGCUCAAUUGACAGCAUUUGUGGCAUAAUAUUGAUUAAUGCAAAAUAUAAUUUUGACUUGACUUGAGCAAAAAUCUGGGUUACUCUGCGGCACUUACAAUGGAAGUGAAUGAGGCUAAUCUGUAAAAGUUAAAAUACUCACUAUUUCAAAAGUGUACAAGAUGUGUCCACAAGAUGUAAACAGUAUCCACAUUAACAUGAUUUUAGUGUGAUGAAAUCAAGUACUAACCUUUCCUGUGUGAAGCCAUGAUGAUGUAAUCAACAAACCCUAAAAUGAAUGAAAAAACUUUACAGCUCUAAUAAUACACAAGCUUUAACUGAUUACUUAAUAAUGUAAGUGCUUAUAUAAAACUAUAAGCUUCAAAUUUCUGCCUUUUUAAAAUCUUCAAAAAAUGGACCCCAUUCAUUUCCAUUGUAAGUGCUUCACUGUAACGGAGGGACAGGUCAAAAUACAUUUUUGUAGUAACAAAUGCUGUCGAUUGAGCUUAACUUGUAUUGAACCUGGAAUAUUCCUUUAAGGAUGCUUGGAUUUUUUACUUGGAAACAGGACAAAUAUGUGUUGUAAGAAAAUAUUUUUUUUCAGUGCAGUUAUUAUAUUGUAUGUAAAACAGUUGUGCAUGUAUGUGUUUAUGUGUGGAAAUAAAUAGAUGUGUGUAGCUGCACACACUUUGAAAUGCAUUUGUGUAAAUUAAAAGUUGAAAUGAAUAUGAUCAUAAGGGUGACUGGAUUUAUGGGUGAGAGGUUGUAAAGUUGACUCUAAAUGACCCUUUACCCAGAAACACACGAGACACCCAUUAGCCCUAUUUAGAAUACAUUCACGUCACCCAGCAGACAGUGGAACAUGCU